GUUCACUAAUGACUAUGAUUUAUUUAUUUGCAGCCCUUCAUGUCUCCAAGGUACCCAGGAGGGCCACGGCCAGGAGUUAGGAUGCCACAGAUGCCCAAUGACUUCAACGGGCCUCCAGGACAGCCAAUCAUGCCGAACAGCAUGGACCCCACACGCCAAGGAGAUGGAGACUUUGUUGGGUGGCAAGGUAGGAACUCGCCUGGCAAGUUCCCUCUCCACCAAUCAGAUCUUGGAUUGAUCCAUCUCCAUCACUCAGAGCUCAGGAGUCCUCCCGGGAUGAACCCAAGGAUGGCUGGACCUCGAGGCCCAGCAAUGGGUCCAGGCAUGGCUCCCAUGGGUCCAGGAGGCUAUGGACCAGGCAUGAGGGGACCUCCACCUAACAGUAUGGGUCCAGGAGGGCCAGGAGGGCCAGGACCUGGGGGCCCAGGCCCAGGCAUGCCACCUAUGAGCAUGGGUGGACCUGGGCCUAGACAACCAUGGACACCUAACACAUCAACUCCAAUGAGUUACUCUUCGUCCUCACCAGGAACUUAUGGUGGAAUGAUGGGUCCACCAGGCUCUGCAGGUCCCCCUGGUCCCGGUACUCCAAUCAUGCCGAGCCCUCAAGGGUCGAGUGGAGCUUUCUCUCCCGCCCGUCUGCCCCCCACCCCGCGGCCAGACACAUCAAACAGUGGAGCUGAUGGGAUGUUCCCCAUGAUGAAACCUGUACCUGGGCAAGGAAUGCCAGGGGACUUCCCCUUGGGAGGUGGCCCUGACGGACCCAUGGCAGGAGGUCCUAUAGGCCCUAACACUAUGGGUCCUGUUAUGAAUGGUGAUGGUUUGGAUGGUAUGAAGAACUCUCCUGCUAAUGGUCCUGGCACGCCGCGGGAUGAUGGGGGUGGCAUGGGGGACUACAACUUGGCAGGCUUCGGGGGCCCUCCAGACAGUGACUUAAACAGCCGUGAAAGCACCUUAGGCAUCAUUUGAAAGCAGGCGUGACAAUGGUUGCGUGAGGACCAAGUUUAGAGUGCGACUUGACCAAAAUGAGUCAGCUGCCAUACUAAAGAUCAAGGAGAGUAUGCAAGAAGAAGCAAAACGAUUUGAAAAGGACGUUCCACCAGAUCAUCCAGACUACUUUAUGCCGUGACGUGACCCCCUCCCAUCCCCACUUUACCCUAUGAACUAGCUCUCUCGGCUCCCUACAGAACCUGUGACAUGGCAAUGGGGUUGACCUCCCCCUCCUCCCCAGCUGCUGAGGAUGUGUCAAAGCUUGGUAAAGAGGGCUAAGUGUGAGUGCAGAAACGUGGCAACAGUGUCUGCACAUUGACAGUUUGCCACACUAAUGGUGAUGUGAUUCUGUGUGCGGUGGAGUGACGAUGGGACAAUGGGUCCUCACAAACUCUUGAGGAACUGGCAUCUCAGCCCUCAACACAGUUCUCAUCAAGUGAAUCAAAACGCAGAACUCCAGUGAUGGAGUGCUAUCCUACAGUGGAGUUUGAUAUAAUGUGAUUAGAAACACUAGUGAUUUACCUUACAAAGUCUGGAAAGGCAGGAUAAGCACUAUAAGGAAAUGACUUCAUGUAUGACUUCUUGCAUAAACUAUUUAAAAGAGAAGUGAAAAGAUGGCUCUGAUUUCUGCUGUUUGAUGAUAAGUCUGUUGUGUCAUUCAUUGUGCUUUCUAUGUGAAUCUUGUAGGAAACAAAAUUACUAUUAAUAUUAUUUAAUAUGUUUUCUCAAUUUCGCUCAUUUAAAACCCAAGAACCAUAACCUGAGCAGCAGAGUCAGGAGACUCGGGCAGCCGAGGGUAGGAUGGAGAUGUAGAUAUUUUCAUAGACCGUCAUUGCUCACGGGUGGUGUCCGGACGCCUCAACCGGUCAACCAGCGCUGCCCCGUCUCCUGGCUGGACCCUUGUAGGAGUGCCACAGUCUUCUCUGAGAGAACCCCAGUCCCAGGCACCAGCAGUCCCCCCUCACUACCACCAACAUCGCCCUCGGACGUGCUCCUGGGAUGGCCCGGGACGUGCCCCUUCCGACCCCAGGGUGAGGGCCCAGAGUCAGCUGGUUCCCCACUCAUACAGGGCUCGGCACUCAUGUACAAAUCCCCCAGCCUGGGACCUUUGGGACCUUGGCACGUGAUCUGCCCUCCACAUGUGCAAAAGACAGCAAUGUCUGUUCUCACUAGUAUUACUCAGACUGUUCUGGCCUCAGGCCCAACUCAUGUAAUAUCAGAUGGGAAGUCUUUUAUUCAGACUACUUUGUGUUAGCUUACCUACUGGACUGGAAGUCAUGACCUGUCUCUAUUCUGUACAGAUCUAUCCAAGUGUCGUAGAUGUAGGAAUAAUUUAUUAUUUGUCAUGUCCAAAUCUAUCUCUUUAUCUUUCUUCUAGACUCCCUAUGUUAAACCGUUUUAACCACAAUGGCCACCUCACCCCCUCUGUCCAUGAUCCCACACCACCACUAUUACCUAUUUCACCACCACCACCUCCACCACUAUCACCAUGAACACCAAAACCACCACCUUGGGCCUUGCAGUGAGAAUUACUUCACUGCUGCCCACUCAACCAGCGCCAAAUGUAAAUCACUGAAGUUCGCCAGGGAUGCACUACCAUCACCAGACUCGACCACCACCUGGGGUGUUGAUGUCCUACACCAUAUACUUAUAUUUAGAAUCAUCCUGACUAUAAUUGUAUCUUCACCAAAUCUCUGCUAUUCUGAGAGAAUUUAUAACUCAAUGAGUGUGAUACAGUGACCUGCUGUUAAUUUAUUGAAUACUUGAUUCUAAUUUCAUCUCACAGUACCUAGAUAGCCACAAAACACUUCAUAACCAAGUUGACCUCUAUAUAGGUUGGCUUCUCAUAUCCUUGGUUGACCUCUCAUUAUUAAGGUUAACUUCUCAUAAUACAGGUUUACCUCAUUAUGCAGGGUAACCUCUCAUAAACUAGGUUGACCUUCUUAGUAAAAAAUAAAAAAGCAAAAAAAAAUAAUCAUGGCUUAGGUUAAAUCACCAUUUCAUCAGUAACAAAGGGACACAUGACCUGAUUGAUAUACUGGCCAUGACCCUGGGUGUAUGUCGCUCUGGUGGUGCGACCGUGGCCUGGCUCAUCUGCUGGGCCUUGCUUGGCCUAGCUUGUCUGCUGGGCCUAGCCUUUUUGCUAGGUCUAGCCUGUUUGCUAGGCUUGGCUCAUCUGCUGGGCUCAGCGUGUUUACUGAGCCUGGCUUGUCUGUUCUGACCAAGAUCCCCUGUACAGUAGAACAUAGCAGAUAUAUUAUGUGUAGCAAUUUUCAAUAAAAUGGCUAAGGCAAUAAGAGAA